AUGUUAAAAACUAAACUACAAUCGGUGAAACCAUUUCUAACGGGAUGUAUUUUAAGAAGAUCUUGCUCCAAUCAGACAAAUGUAACAGAUGAAGAAAAAGAAAGAGAAAUUGAAAGGAUUACAAAAAAUGCAUCUAUUGACGAACCACCAACGGCAUGUUGUAGAUCAGGUUGUUCUAAUUGCGUGUUCAUUGUUUGGGCUGAAGCAUUGGCUUCAAAAAUGGAAAAUGCUGGACCAGAAAUCAUUGAUAGAAUUAUGAAAUCUGUGGAUGAUCCAUCAAUGAGAGCUUAUUUAGAAAUGGAAUUAAGACUACGAAUGAAGAAUAAG